AUGGACUCUUGUCUUCCCUCAAAGCUACUCUACUUCUAUUGCCUUGUAGCCACCACCAUUAUCACCAUUACAUGCUCAGCCACUAAGAUUCAAAUACUCCACCAGCAGGCCAACACACAAUUCAUCAAAACAUCAUGUCAAGUAACAUUGUACCCAAAACUAUGUAUGGACACUCUCUCACCUUAUGCUAGCUCCGUCCAAAAGAACCCAACUAAAUUGGCAAAUGCCGCUCUCAUUGUCACUCUGAAAGCUGCUCAGUCGACAUUGGAUGCCGUGUUAAAGCUGUCCAAAAUGAACAAUUUAGCUCCUCGAGAAGCACGUGCAAUAACGGAUUGUGUGGAGAACACCAGGGAUUCAGUAGACGAACUCCGACAAUCUUUGGCAGCUAUGAAGAACUUAGAAGGGCCAGAAUUUGAAAAGAAAAUCAACAAUGUUAUGACUUGGGUUAGUGCUGCAUUGACAGAUGAAGAUACCUGCAUGGAUGGAUUUGAAGAAAAUGCUAUGAAUGGGAAAAUUAAGGGCACCAUUAGAAAUUACAUUGUAAAUGUGGCUCAGUUAACUAGCAAUGCUUUGGGUCUAAUCAAGAAUCUUUCUUCCUUUUAA